AUGUAUAUCACAAUGGCAGCACCUGUAUGCUAUAACUGUGAUUCCAGUUGUAAUGACACCAUUAGUUCAAUUGAUGACAAUAUGAUUAGCUUUGAAUUGAAUCAUUCAAAUCGAACAAGACGUCGUUCAACAAUUCAACAACGUAGCUGUCAUAAGUUUCAACUUGAGCUGAUUUUAAUACCACUAUCAAUUGCUAUGAUGCCAUUUGCAUUAUGUGCACUAUUACUUUCUGUUUGUUUUUGUGGUCCAAAAGAGUCUCGAGGUAAAGUACCAGAAAUGUUCAAGAAAAAAGCUAAAAUUGAUGCAAAAGAUGCGAAUGAAAUCGAUAACGAAGAACUCACCUGUAAAAAUGGAAUAAUAAUGAGAAAAGAUAGUAAAAAAACACGUUUUAGCACUUCAAUUUCAUUUAUUGAAGUAAAUUGUGCAAACGAUGAAAUGAUCAGAAGUGAUCAAUCAAUAAUUGUUUCUAAUGCAUUAUUAUUUCCUGAAACGAUGAUAGCAACAAAUAAUGCAAAAUCUAUUGCUAAAAAUGAUGAAAUAGCACCAAUAAUAAAUGAAUUUGAUAAUCAAAAAGAAAAUAAUGCAUUCAAAAGCAGCUGUACACCACGACAAAUGAGUUUGAAACAUACACGAUUCGCAGAUAAUAUUGAUAUUUUGGGUGUAGCGAAAACAUGA